AUGAAACUUAGAACUGGCAGUUGGGUAUGGAUAAGCCUUCUAGAAACAUUGUUCUACAAGUUUGGAUGGAGGCCCCAGGACAGUGGAGUGGACCAGGGCUUUUCUUUACAGUUACUGUGUGCAGGAACAGAGAACAAGCUGAGCUCUCUCUCUGACCUGGAGCAGCAGUAUCGAGCCUUGCGCAAAUACUAUGAGAACUGUGAGGUAGUCAUGGGUAACCUGGAGAUAACCAGCAUCGAGCACAACCGAGACCUCUCCUUUCUGCGGUCUAUUCGAGAAGUUACAGGCUACGUGUUAGUGGCUCUUAAUCAGUUUCGCUACCUGCCUCUGGAGAAUUUACGCAUUAUCCGUGGAACAAAACUUUAUGAGGAUCGAUAUGCCUUGGCAGUAUUUUUAAACUACAGAAAAGAUGGGAACUUUGGACUGCAAGAACUUGGACUAAAGAACUUGACAGAAAUCCUUAAUGGUGGAGUCUAUGUAGACCAGAACAAAUUUCUUUGUUACACAGACACAAUACAUUGGCAAGAUAUUGUUCGGAAUCCGUGGCCUUCCAACUUGACUCUGGUGUCAACAAAUGGUAGCUCAGGAUGUGGACGUUGUCAUAAGUCCUGUACUGGCCGAUGCUGGGGACCCACAGAAAAUCAUUGCCAGACCUUGACAAGGACAGUGUGUGCAGAACAGUGUGAUGGCAGGUGCUACGGACCCUACGUCAGUGACUGCUGUCACAGAGAAUGUGCUGGAGGUUGCUCAGGACCGAAGGACACUGACUGCUUUGCCUGCAUGAAUUUCAAUGACAGUGGAGCGUGUGUUACUCAGUGUCCCCAAACUUUUGUCUACAAUCCAACCACUUUUCAAUUGGAACAUAACUUCAAUGCAAAGUAUACGUAUGGAGCAUUUUGUGUCAAGAAAUGCCCACAUAACUUUGUGGUGGAUUCCAGUUCCUGUGUGCGUGCCUGCCCUAGUUCCAAAAUGGAAGUGGAAGAAAAUGGGAUUAAAAUGUGUAAACCUUGCACUGACAUUUGCCCAAAAGCUUGUGAUGGCAUUGGUACAGGAUCCCUGAUGGCAGCACAGACCGUGGAUUCCAGUAACAUUGACAGAUUCAUAAACUGCACCAAAAUCAAUGGGAAUUUGAUCUUCCUUGUCACCGGUAUUCAUGGGGACCCUUACAAUGCAAUUGAAGCCAUAGACCCAGAGAAACUGAAUGUCUUUCGGACCGUUCGAGAGAUAACAGGUUUCUUGAACAUACAGUCAUGGCCCCCAAACAUGACCGACUUCAGUGUUUUUUCUAACCUGGUGACCAUUGGUGGAAGAGUACUCUACAGUGGUCUGUCCUUGCUUAUCCUCAAACAACAGGGCAUUACUUCUCUACAAUUCCAGUCCCUGAAGGAAAUCAGUGCGGGAAACAUCUAUAUUACUGACAACAGCAACCUAUGUUAUUAUCAUACCAUUAAUUGGACAACACUCUUCAGCACUAUCAACCAAAGAAUAGUGAUCCGGGACAACAGGAAAGCUGAAAACUGUACUGCUGCAGGAAUGGUGUGCAACCAUCUGUGUUCAAGUGAUGGCUGCUGGGGACCUGGCCCAGACCAAUGCUUGUCCUGCCGUCGCUUCAGCAGAGGAAGGAGCUGCAUAGAGUCUUGUAACCUCUACGAUGGUGAGUUUCGAGAGUUUGAGAAUGGCUCCAUCUGUGUAGAGUGUGACCCCCAGUGUGAGAAGAUGGAAGAUGGCAUCCUCACGUGCCAUGGACCGGGGCCCGAUAACUGCACAAAGUGCUCCCAUUUUAAGGAUGGCCCGAACUGUGUGGAAAAAUGUCCAGAUGGCUUACAAGGGGCAAACAGUUUCAUUUUCAAGUAUGCUGAUCAAGAUCGAGAGUGCCAUCCAUGCCAUCCAAACUGCACCCAAGGGUGCAUAGGCUCAAGUAUUGAAGACUGCAUCGGCCUGAUGGAUAGGUGUAGCGGCCCCACUAGUCAUGACUGCAUUUACUAUCCUUGGACGGGCCAUUCCACUUUACCACAACAUGCUAGAACUCCUCUAAUUGCAGCCGGGGUCAUUGGCGGACUCUUCAUCCUGGUCAUCGUAGGUCUAACAUUUGCAGUUUAUGUUAGAAGGAAGAGCAUCAAAAAGAAAAGAGCCCUGAGAAGAUUUCUGGAAACAGAGUUGGUAGAACCCUUAACCCCCAGCGGCACAGCACCCAAUCAAGCUCAACUGCGUAUUUUAAAAGAAACUGAGCUCAAAAGAGUGAAAGUACUUGGCUCAGGUGCUUUUGGAACAGUUUAUAAAGGUAUUUGGGUACCUGAAGGAGAAACAGUAAAGAUUCCUGUGGCUAUUAAGAUUCUUAAUGAAACAACCGGUCCCAAAGCCAAUGUGGAGUUCAUGGAUGAAGCUUUGAUAAUGGCAAGUAUGGACCAUCCGCACUUAGUCCGGUUAUUGGGUGUGUGUCUGAGCCCAACCAUUCAGCUGGUUACACAGCUUAUGCCCCAUGGCUGCCUGUUGGAUUAUGUCCAUGAACACAAGGAUAACAUUGGAUCCCAGCUGCUGCUUAACUGGUGUGUCCAGAUAGCUAAGGGAAUGAUGUACCUGGAAGAAAGACGGCUUGUUCAUCGGGAUUUGGCAGCUCGAAAUGUCUUAGUGAAGUCUCCAAAUCAUGUGAAAAUCACAGAUUUUGGACUAGCCAGACUCUUAGAAGGAGAUGAAAAAGAGUAUAAUGCUGAUGGAGGAAAGAUGCCAAUUAAAUGGAUGGCGUUGGAGUGUAUACACUACAGGAAGUUCACCCAUCAGAGUGAUGUUUGGAGUUAUGGAGUUACCAUAUGGGAACUGAUGACCUUUGGAGGAAAACCCUAUGAUGGAAUUCCAACCAGAGAAAUCCCGGAUUUAUUAGAGAAAGGAGAACGUUUGCCCCAGCCUCCUAUCUGCACUAUUGAUGUGUACAUGGUCAUGGUCAAAUGCUGGAUGAUUGAUGCAGACAGUAGACCUAAAUUUAAAGAACUGGCUGCUGAAUUUUCGAGGAUGGCUCGAGACCCUCAAAGAUACCUAGUUAUUCAGGGUGACGAUCGCAUGAAGCUUCCUAGUCCAAAUGACAGCAAGUUCUUUCAGAAUCUCUUGGAUGAAGAGGACCUGGAAGAUAUGAUGGAUGCUGAGGAAUACCUGGUCCCUCAGGCUUUCAACAUCCCACCUCCCAUCUAUACUUCCAGAGCAAGAAUUGACUCCAAUAGGAGUGAAAUUGGACACAGCCCUCCUCCUGCCUACACCCCCAUGUCAGGAAACCAGUUUGUAUACCGAGACGGGGGGUUUGCUGCAGAGCAAGGCAUUCCUGUGCCCUACAGAGCCACGACCAGCACAAUCCCAGAAGCGCCAGUUGCUCAGGGAGCCACAGCCGAGAUUUUUGAUGAUUCAUGCUGCAACGGCACCCUACGCAAGCCAGUGGCACCCCACAUUCAAGAGGAUAGCAGCACCCAGAGAUACAGCGCUGACCCCACUGUGUUUGCCCUGGAACGGAGCCCACGAGGAGAGCUGGAUGAAGAAGGUUACAUGACCCCCAUGCGAAAUAAACCUAAACAAGAAUACCUGAACCCUGUGGAAGAGAACCCUUUUGUUUCUCGGAGAAAAAAUGGAGACCUUCAAGCUUUGGAUAAUCCUGAAUAUCACAAUGCUUCCAAAGGUCCACCCAAGGCAGAGGAUGAGUAUGUGAAUGAGCCACUGUACCUCAACACCUUUGCCAACGCAUUGGGGAAUGCCGGGUACCUGAAGAACAAUGUACUGUCUGUGCCAGAGAAGGCCAAGAAAGCAUUCGACAACCCUGACUACUGGAACCACAGCCUGCCACCCCGGAGCACCCUUCAACACCCAGACUACCUGCAGGAGUACAGCACAAAAUAUUUUUAUAAACAAAAUGGACGGAUCCGGCCUAUUGUGGCAGAGAAUCCUGAAUACCUCUCUGAGUUCUCGCUGAAGCCAGGCACCGUGCUGCCUCCUCCACCCUACAGACACCGAAAUACUGUGGUGUAAGCUCAGCAGUGGCUUUAAGAUAGAGACAUGCCCGCUCCAAUU